ACUGAUUGAACGUGCUCGCGGUGUCGGUUACACCCUGCACGCGGUAUCUCCGGUUCGGCGUCGUUCAUACGCACGCCGUCGAGGUUGCAGAACGGACGCACAAGACUCAUACCUCCAUCGUAUUUAUCGCAGACCACCGACAAGUCGCCAUCAUGUUGGCCGUCUACGCGCAGCUGUCCGUCGUCUGUUGGUCGCUGUCCGUCGCCACCGUCACCUGUACCGAAUCCACGGACGGCACUGGACACCCGCGGGAAAUUCCUUUAAAUGUCAUAAUGGAAUUGAACCAAGUGCAAAAUUUUUCAGAACUGUUUACUAAAUUCAUGCCAGACACAAAUAUGAAUGAUGCUCAAAAACUGUUCGUCACGACAGGUUUCCAAAAUCGUAAUGCACUGGACUCAGAAAUAAAAGCAACGUUGAUACCUAAAGCGGCAAGUUGUUCUGUUGAACUUCAAAUGAUCAGCCUCAAAGAUAUUGACGAUCAAAGUUUAUAUUACUAUCCAAUGUGCACCCGAGUGAACCGAUGUGGAGGUUGCUGCGGUCACGAUUUAUUGGCAUGUCGACCCACCAAAAUCGAAACCCUCAACUUCGAAGUAAUUGUCUUACAAUACAACGGAUCGGGGAAAUUAGAAUUUAAUGGUCGAAAAACGGUGUCAGUAGACCAACAUUUGAUGUGCCAGUGCGGUUGUGUCAUUGAAGAAGAAAAUUGCGCACCCUUACAAGUAUAUAGUCCCGAUGAAUGUCGUUGUAUGUGUACCAAUGAAGAAGAUCGCCAAGAGUGUAAUGAUGAGUACGGGUUAAGACUGUGGAAUUCAACAACUUGCACUUGCCAAUGAGUGUAACUCAGGAAUGUAUUUCAGGAUUUGACAGUUACACUUGCAGUUAAAUUUACAUCUUUCAAAUUAUCUGUUUAAGGCUUAAUUAAAACUUGCAAAGUAUAUAUUUCAGGUGUAAAGCUUAAUGUAGAUAAACACAAACAUUUUAUUACGUAAAGAAUGAAUUUAACAAAACCUCAUCGUACUCAUUAAGUGGAACGUGAACUAAGAUAUAAGCUCACUGAAAAAUUGAAAUAAUAAUUAUAUACAUGUGAUAGAGAUCUGAUUUAACUUUAAUAAUUUUAAAUUUACCAAACUUAUAUUAUACACACUACCUUUAUUAUUGUAUUCGUAGGCACUAGACAUUGUAACGGUACAAAUUAUGUUCGUUAUAGAUAGAAAUGUUAGCUCAGUAAAUGUACGUACAUUUUA